AUCACGUGACCAAAUUUAGAAAUGGCUACUUUGUAGAAUAGUCAGGCUUCACGAAAUGCGAAUAUUGGUUAAUAUUCAGUGCUAUUGUAGCUUAAGAAGUUAUUUUUUAAAUAAUUAAUGAUAAUUAAACAAUCAUACAGGGUUCCAUUGCAAGUUAUUUGCGGAAAAAGAAACGUUUGUUAGGUUUUUAUUGUGUGUUUGGGAACACAUCAUGGCUCUUUGGGCAAAAGCGCAACAACUGCCUCCAGAGAGUUUACAACAAAUUCGUGCAAUUUAUGGCGAGCAUUUCCCAAUAGAAGUAAGACACUACUUGGCACAGUGGAUUGAAGAUAAAUUUUGGUACGCUACUAAUCCCAUUUCAUCUGUAAUGUUCAUUAUGUGCAGGUCUGACAUCGAACCUGUCCCUGAGAAUCCACAGCACGAGCAGUAUGUCGCCGGUUUACUCAAUUCGCUCGUGCAAGAAAUUGAAAACAAAGCGGCCGUAGUGACCGACACAGAAUUUUUUCUAACCAAACUAAAAUUGGCCGAGGCCGCGAAGACGUUUCGGCAACGUUACAGCGGUAACCCUAUGCAGUUGUUCAACUACGUUAGACAAUGCUUGGCUACGGAGAUGCGUUUAGUGCAGGCUGCUAGCGGGGAAGUUACCGGUUUUCCAAGCUUGGUCACGAAUGGGUCAAGUGCGGAAGUUAUUCAUAAAUUGGAAAUUAUAAAGACGCGCACACGGGACACUGCGGAAGAUUUACGACGACUGGAGCAAGAACAAGAGGCCUUUGCAAUACAGUAUCACGAGUGCACAAAAUUAAGUGCACACAUUCAACAAUUGUCUGCGCAACAAUCUUCUCCACAAACGACUGCAGCCAUACAGAAAAUUACACACCAAAAAGAACUACUAGAGCAAGUGUUACAACAGAAGGUUGCAGGGUUGGUACAACUGCGUUUAACCUUAGUGGACAAACUGAAGGAAACGUUUCAAAUGAUCAACACUUUACAAGGACACGUUUUAGAUGAAGAGCUCAUCCGCUGGAAGCGAGAGCAGCAAUUGGCCGGUAAUGGUGCUAUAUUUAAUAGUAAUUUGGACACUAUACAAGAAUGGUGCGAAAGUUUGGCCGAAUUAAUUUGGUCUAAUCGACAACAAAUAAAAGAAGUUGAAUUGUUGAAGAAAAAAUUGUCACUUGCAACGCCCGGCGUUCCCGACGUCCUACCGCAACUCCUAACAGAAAUAACACAAUUACUUAGUUCGCUUGUAACUUCGACGUUUAUAAUCGAGAAGCAACCGCCGCAGGUGAUGAAAACGAACACUAGGUUUACGGCGACGGUACGGUUAUUGGUGGGCGGAAAGUUGAACGUUCACAUGACGCCGCCCCAAGUAAAGGUGACCAUCAUCUCAGAGUCGCAGGCGAACAUUCUGCUUAAAAAUGACAAACUGGGAAAGAGCGGAGAGGCGAGCGGCGAAAUCUUAAACAACACCGGCACCAUGGAAUAUCAGCAGGCGACCAGACAGCUGUCGGUCAGCUUUCGAAACAUGCAGUUGAAGAAGAUCAAGCGCGCCGAGAAGAAGGGGACCGAAAGUGUGAUGGAUGAGAAGUUCUCGCUUUUAUUUCAGUCACAGUUUAGUGUCGGUGGGGGUGAACUUAUGUUUCAAGUUUGGACGUUAUCGUUACCCGUCGUCGUGAUAGUGCACGGAAAUCAGGAGCCGCACGCCUGGGCCACUGUUACGUGGGAUAAUGCCUUCUCGGAACCAGGUCGUGUACCUUUUGCUGUACCAGAUAAGGUACCAUGGUCCAAUGUGGCUGAAACUCUAUCACUUAAAUUUAGAGCAGCUACCGGCCGACCUUUAACCGAGGAGAAUAUUAGAUUUUUAGCCGAAAAAGCAUUUAGAGGUAAUUAUAGUGAACCAAAUCAAAUGUUAAGUUGGGCGCAGUUCUGCAAGGAGCCGCUUAGUGAACGCAAUUUUACAUUCUGGGAAUGGUUUUAUGCUGUGAUGAAAUUGACUCGUGAGCAUUUGCGAGGACCUUGGGUGGAUGGUGCAAUAUUAGGAUUUAUACGUAAAAAACAAACCGAGGAGAUGUUACAGAGUCGCCCAAGUGGCACGUUUUUGUUAAGAUUUUCCGACAGCGAAUUAGGCGGAGUGACAAUCGCAUGGGUUUCAGACAGUUCUGAAGUAUUUAUGCUACAACCGUUUACAUCAAAAGAUUUUGCAAUACGAUCUUUAGCGGACCGGAUAGCUGAUCUCAGCCAUUUGUUAAACUUAUAUCCGGAUAUUCCCAAGGAUAUUGCGUUCAAUAAAUAUUACACACCUUUCCAAGACAAUCAACCCACGGCAAAUAAUGGAUACGUGAAGCCAUUGCUUGUCACUCACGUGCCUGGUUGGAGUGGUCCCGGUGUUGUUAGCUACCCGAAUACUCCGCAACAUCCAUUUUUACAAUCGCCUGAUCCUAGCAGAGACACACCUUCUGUUGCAAGCAGCUAUGCUGGUUCAGUGGCGACUACAAUGACUGGUGCCGGGCAAGGAAUGGAUUAUCUCGAUCAGUUGGACGAUUGUAAUAUCGAUCUCAAUGGUUUGGUUAAUUUGAGCGAACUCAUGCAAGGUUAUAGACAGUAAGGUAAGCGCUUAGACAUUUUUAAAAUGUGUUAAGUUGGAAUAUGGUUGUGAAAAAUAAUGAAUGUUAAAAAAAUGCAAUUUUUUGUUCUUGAAGUACAACAUUAGUUUUUAAUGUAAAUUUAAGGAGUAGUUGGGAACUGAUCAACUAUUGAAUAGUUUUAGUCGUUGUCAAAGUUUGUCCAUAUUUUAUUGUUUGUGCCAUUUUGUUUGGUAUUUUGAUGUUGACGUGAUUGAUCGAUAUUUUGAUAACGCAUUAGUUUAUGCCUUUAAUUGUAUUUGAAAUUUUAUUCUAACUUUUGCGGUGUUAUCUAACUCUCUUUGAACAUUUGUUUUUAAAGGUGUAAUUAAUUUUACCUGAAUUUUAUAAAUUCACCCACUGCUAACGUAAGUACAAUUGUAAGUACUUAUCGUUACAGUUGCUAUUUUGAAAGGAUUUUCUUCGAAAUUUAUAGGAAUUCAUAAAUAAAUAUAGUAUAUUUUGUAGCCACAUUUACAUACAGUUUGUACAAUUUUUCCCAUUGCACAUUUUUAUUCGUUUUAAAUUCGGUACCUAAGAGAUAUUUUGAAAUUUUUGCAGCAGUCUGCUCAUUAUAGUAUUCUCUAUUUGAUGACAACACUAUGUGCAUUGUUGUGAUGUCAUUUGUUAUGUGUAACAAAGGUGUGCAAUGGGCAUUAAUUGUAGAUAUUUUCAUAGCAUAACAUAUACAUGCUUUGUAACAAACAAUCUUUAGAUUUUUAAACUAUAAAAAAUGUCUUCUCAUUGCUUCCUGCAAUGACACGUCCUCAGAGUUAUGAGUCAUGACAUACAGAGAUUAACUAAGGAAAUUAAUAUUUGGGAAGACGUCUUCACGUAUGACUCUGAGGUAUAAUUUGGUCUCUUUAUUAAAACAGCACCAUUAACAAAUAUAGGGAUUAGUAUAGAAAACUCGAUAAAAAAAAUUCGAUUUUCACAAAACCAAUUAUUGUGCCUGUCUCACCUCUUAAUAGAUGUGCAGUACCCUUAGUAAAACACUUGUGAUAACCAAAUUCUUAGGCGUGAUGCAUAUUUGCUGAGAAAAAGAUUUGAAUGACGAAUAUAUAUAUACGUAGUGUGUUGUGUCAAAAAUUGUUUAUUUCCAAAAUAAAAAGUAUCAUGUUAUACACGAUUUUCGAGCUUAUUUUAACACAUUUAAUUUAGGUAGCUAAUUAAUGCUAAAAUCAGUAAGGUAUAUCUGAAUAUGUUACGUCCUACUUUACAAUGGGUUUGGAGCUACAUACAUUAGACGAAAUUGCCAUAGUUACCAGUUCUAAGAAUGCCUUAUUGUCGAUCUGCAUCACAUUUUCUACCUUGUUAAGUUUGACCAAGCUUUUAUCAUUUUAGGCUUAGAAUAUUAUUGCUAUAAGAGACUCGUUUUUUAAUAGAUUUGUUGAUAAUAUAGGUAGUACAAGGUUAAUGUUUGCUGUUUUAUUAUCACAUACCUGUUGUAGGGAGGUACAACGCUCAAUUUUACCUAACGAUCAAGGUUUUUUUAAUAGGUUUGUAGUUUUGUAAUUUUGUGUAAGGUAGAAUGCAA